GCAUUUCCUGCCUCCCCGGGCCAGACUGGAUGAGCCGGGAGCUCCCCACCGCUGACGGUCAGACCCCAGCCUCCAUCUGCCUCCACGGGCCGGGACCGCCGCCGCUGCCACUGCCGUCCACAGAAGCCCAGCUGUCCCUCCCUGCUCAUCCCUUGGCCAGUGACCCCCGGCCUGGCCCUGCGCCCCGGUGCCCACUUCUCCUGACCCCUCGGCCGCCACCUCAGAAGGCUGGAGCAGGGACGCCAUCGCUCCAGCUGCCUGCUCCCCUUGGGUCCCCGCGAGAGCCCAAGCCGGCCCCCGCGCCCGCCUGCCGCCCUCCCCCUGGACACCGGAUAAGGCCCAGCACACAGAUCCCUGGGUGGACAGCAUGGACCGUGGCACGCUCCCCCAGGCCGUUGCCCUGCUGCUGGCCAUCUGCAGCCUCAGCCCCACAAGUCUUGCAGAAACAGUCCAUUGCGACCUACAGCCUGUGGACCCUGAGGUGACAUAUAUCACAAGCCAGGUUACUAAUGGCUGUGUGGCUCAGGUCACCAAUGCUGCCCUGGAAGUCCACAUCCUCUUCUUGGAGUUCUCAAAGGCACCUCCCCAGAGACUGGAAGACAGUGCUGUCGCCUCAGAGACUAUUCUCCCCACAAGAAGGUCCACCGAGGUGUCAACACUGGACCUGACUCUCCAGACGUCCAGGCAAAAUGGCACCCAGCCCCGAGAGGUGCUCCUGGUUCUCAGCGUCAGUAAGAACGUCUUCCUGAAGUUUCAGGCUCCAGGAGUCCCAGUCCGCCUGGCCUACAACCCCAACCUGAUCUUCUUUCAAGAGCCUCCAGGAGUCAACACCACACAGCUGCCAUCCUUCACUACCAAGAGCCAGCUCCUCAAAUGGGCAGAUACAGAGGGCCCCAUUGCCUCUGCUGCUGAGCUGAAUGAACCCAAAAGCAUCCUCCUCCGUCUGGACCAAGCCCUGAGGGAACCGUCCACCUGCAGUCUGGAAGCCCACAAGGACAUGGGCCACACGCUGGAAUGGAGCCCACACACCCAGGCCUCCGUGCGGGGCUGCCGCUUGGAAGGUGUGGCUGGCCACAAGGAAGCGCACAUCCUGAGGGUCCUGCCUGGUCCAGAGUCCUGGCCCCGGACAGUGACCGUGAAGGUGGAGCUGAGCUGCGCUUCAGGGGAUCCUGAAGCUGUGCUCAUCCUGCAGGGUCCACCCUACGUGUCCUGGCUUAUCGACGCCAAUCAUACCAUGCAGAUCUGGACCACUGGUAAAUACUCCUUCAAGAUCUUUCCAGAGGGGAACAUAAGUGGCUACGACCUCCCAGAUACAACCCAAGGCCUGCUGGAGGAGGCCCAGAGGCUCAACGCCAGUGUAGUAGCAUCUUUCGUGGAGCUCCCUCUGGCCAGUUUCGUCUCUCUGCGGGCCCGCAGCUGCGGCAGUGGGCUUCAGCCCUCACCCACACCGGUCCAGACCAUCCCUCCCAGGGAGGGUUGCAACCAGGAGCUGCUCCUGUCCCUGAUCCAGCCCAAGUGCUCUGAUGACGUCAUGACUCUGGUACUCAAGAAAGAUCUCAUCUCGACUCUGAGGUGCACUAUCAUGAACCUGACCUUCUGGGACUCCAGCUGCAAGGCUGAGGACAGAGAAGACCAACUUGUCUUGCGCAGCACCUACUCCAAAUGUGGCAUGAAAGUAACAGAAAAUGUGGUCAGUAACGAGGUGGUCGUCAACUUCCUGUCAAGCUCAUCACCGCAGCGGAAAAAGGUGCAAUGCAUCAACAUGGACAGCCUCUCCCUCCAGCUGGGCCUCUACCUCAGCCCGCACUUCCUCCAGACCUCCAACUCUAUCGAGCUGGGGCAGCAGGGCUUUGUGCAGGUGAGCGUGUCCCCAUCAAUCCCUGAGCUCACGAUCCAGCUGGACAGCUGCCAACUGAAUUUGGGGCCUGACAUGGAAAUCGUGGAACUCAUCCAGAGCCAGGCAGCCAAGAGCAGCUGUGUGAGCCUGAUGUCCCCGAGCCCUGGUGGUGACAUGCGCUUCAGCUUCCUCCUCCGUGGCCACAUGGUGCCCAUGCCCACGACUGGCAUCCUUAGCUGCACUGUAGCCCUACGUCCCAGGACUUGGUCCCUGGAAGUCCACAGGACUGUCUCCAUGCGCCUGAACAUCGUCAGCCCUGGCCUGCAUGACAAAGGCCUCGUCCUGCCCGCCGUUCUGGGCAUCACCUUUGGCGCCUUCCUCAUCGGGGCCCUGCUCACUGCUGCGCUCUGGUACAUCUACUUGCACACGCGUCACCCCAGCAAGCGGGAGCCCGUGGUGGCGGUGGCUGCCCCGGCCUCCUCGGAGAGCAGUAGCACCAACCACAGCAUCGGGAGCACCCAGAGCACCCCCUGCUCCACCAGCAGCAUGGCGUAGAGCCCAGCCUGGAGCCCUGGGGGCCACCCAGCCAGCCCUCGCCCAGCAGGAGAGACUGAGCAGCCAACAGCUGGGAACCACUGACCAUGAACUUACCCAGGGAUCCCAACCCCUCCACUCGACCAAGGAUGGACCAUGCCCUCUGCAUCCACCCCUCCUGCCUCCCUCUCAGAGGUCUGCUGCCAGCGAGGGCACCAGCUUGGAACAUCUGGGGGUCCCCCCACCCCAUCCCACAGAAACUUCAAACCCAGUGGGCCUGGGGUACGGCUGCCCAGGACCACGGAGAGACAGACCAUUGCCCUAUAUGUCCACCUUGUUGUAGAAACCCAAGUCCCUGUAAUUUUAACCUGGAUCCAGCCCUCAGUGAACUGGGCUGGGCAGGAGUUGAGAACUCCAAAACCAGACUCAGCCCAGCCCACCCAAGCCAACAGCGCCUCCUCCAUGGGAACAGAAGAGGGCCAGCCCAGAGCCACCUGGACCUGCUCCCAGCAGCCUCCACAUCUGGACUAGCACAACUCUGACGGAGGAAACAGAAGCCCAGGGGCGCCCAGCCUGGGAGUGGGAGAGCCUAGCUCUUCCCUGCAACUGCCACACAGAUACCCCCCUCCCCUAACCCCAGGUAGCCAGGCUGCCUGUCCUGGGCCCACCCCUGUAUACUCACCAUCAAUAAAUCAGACGAUGAAACCA